AAGGGCCUCAUUAUCUCUUGCCCGUGAGAUAAGCAUUGUACUGUAUAAAACUCGCGUCCAACUUUGCCGGGUGUUUCAAUUGUCGUUCGGUGCUGACGCGUGUAGCAGCUUCGUUAUUUGUGCGAGUUGGAAAAUUGUUUCCGCUGUUCAUCAGUUUUAUAUAGAGUGAAGCGGAAAGCAGCAACAUGGCAUCGAAGGUUCCAUUUGUGACGCUCAACAACGGGCAGAAGAUGCCCAUGCUCGGUCUGGGAACUUGGGGCUCGCCUCCCGGUGAGGUUGCUCAGGCAGUGAAGGAUGCCAUCGAUAUCGGUUACCGACAUAUCGACUGUGCCCACGUUUACCAGAAUGAACAUGAGGUUGGCGAGGGUGUGAAGGCCAAAAUUGACGAGGGAGUCAUAAAGCGUGAGGACCUCUUCAUUACCAGCAAACUGUGGAACACUUUCCACCGGCCUGAGCUGGUCGAGGGUGCCUGUCGUACCACGCUGAAGAACCUCGGCCUGGAGUAUAUCGAUCUGUACCUGAUUCACUGGCCGAUGGGUUACCGCGAGGGUGCCGAACUGUUCCCACAGGAUGCGAACGGCAAAACGGCUUACUCGGAUGUGGAUUACGUCGAUACGUACAAAGCGAUGGAGAAACUGGUUGGGCUCGGUUUGGUGAAAAGCAUCGGCAUUUCCAACUGCAACUCGAAGCAGGUGGAACGCGUGCUGGCUGUGGCAACCAUUAAGCCGGUUACCAACCAGGUCGAAUGCCAUCCGUACCUGACGCAGAGCAAACUGUCCCCGUUCUGUACCGAGCGCGGUAUGGUAAUAACGGCGUACAGUCCGCUCGGCUCACCGAACCGUCCCUGGGCCAAGCCGGACGAUCCGCAGCUGAUGGAGGAUCCGAAGAUAGUGGAGCUGGCGAAAAAGUACAACAAAACGCCUGCCCAGGUCCUUAUCCGCUACCAGAUUCAGCGUGGACACGUGGUGAUUCCCAAGUCGGUGAACAAGUCACGCAUCGCGUCCAACUUUGAGGUGUUUGAUUUCGAGUUGACGAAGGAUGAUGUGGCAUUGAUCGAUUCGUUCGACUGCAAUGGACGCUUGGUGCCGAUCACGAGUGCUGCUGGACAUCCUUAUCAUCCGUUCGAGAACGACGAGUUUUAAUUUGUCCGUUUAUGUGAGUUUGAAUUUUGUGAAUUGCUUUAAUAAAUCAUAUACAAAGCGCGUAUUUGUGGGAUGUAAGUGUUAAAUUAAACAAAAAAAAAACA